AUGGUUGUCGCACAAAGAGCACAGACCCUUCGCGCCCUCGUCCGACUGCUGGCAAAUGCUGCCGAAACCGUGAUCAGAGAAUGGGAAUCGGAGCGCGCGUUGGCUGACACUGCUGAAGGAACCUUUGCUGCCCAUAUUCCAUCGCCCGGGCUGUAUGAGGCUGGACGUGUCAUCGUGGGUGCCUGCGGCGAGUGUAUCGCUCUCGUGCAGGAUCCCGUCGAGCGCUUGCUCGAGGUGACAACAUCUACAUGCGCUGCGAAGGCAUUGCAGAUAGCUGCGAGAGCGCGCGUUGCCGAGGUUCUCUCGCAAGGUGACACCGACAGGGGAGUCUCCAUCCAGUCGAUCAGCAGUCAAACCGGAAUAUCGGACAAGAAGCUAUUACAAGUGCUCCGAUGCUUGACGUUCAACAGCAUCUUCGCUGAACCUCAACGCGAUCACUUCGCCAACACCGCAUUGAGCCAAAGACUGGUGAGGAACGACGGUCUACGGUGCUUGAUUACGAUGUGGGGUGAUGUAGGCACCGCUGCAGACAAGCUUCCGUCGGUGUUGUUCGACCCUGUCAAGACGCAUUCCACGUCUCCGCGUGAGGCGGCGUUUCAAGUGGCCUAUCAAACUGACUUGACGCUCUUUGAAUACCUCGAGCGAGGUCAAAACGCUCCGAGGUUCGAGGGAGAGCCAUUGCAUCUCGAGACAUGGAUGGUCGGGAUGCAUACCAUCGGCGAAACGGAGGCUGCUGCUUCGUAUGUCGAUUAUCCUUGGGCGGCAUUAGGCUCAAAGCUCGUCGUUGACGUCGGAGGCGGUGUUGGUGGCAUGAGCCUCGAGCUGGCCAAAAGAUAUCCGCAGCUCAACUUUGUGGUCCAAGACCGCGAAGCGGUGACCAAGAAGGCUGAGGCUGUGUGGGCACAGGCGCUCUCCAGGCCAGCCUUAGAGACGGGUCGCGUCAGGUUCAUGCCUCACGAUUUCUUCACGGAGCAGCCCGUCAAGGGCGCCGAUAUCUACCUCAUGAGACACAUCCUACACGACUGGUCCGACGAAGAAUGCACCAUCAUACUGCGGCACCUACGGGAGGCCAUGAGGCCAGACUCGCUACUACUCGUUGCAGAAAAGGUCACGCACACGGCGACGGGGUCGCCCCACCUCAAGUCCGCUCCGACCCCGCUCCCGCCCAACUACGGAUAUGCGCAGAUGGUCCCGGGCACGUACGCUAUCGGCAUGAUGUCUCUCCUCAACGGGGUGGAGCGUACACCCGAGGAGUUCAUUGAUCUGGCGGAGAAAGCCGGUCUACGAUUGAUCAAACUAUGGGAAUGCCGGGGUCUGGUGCACGUCAUUGAGAUGAGGAGGGACGACUCUAGUCCGAUGCUCAAGUGA